AUGGGCUACCCUUACCCUCGGCCUAUUGGCUACUCUUACCCUCGGCCUAUUGGCUACCCUUACCCACGGCCUAUGGGCUACCCUUACCCUCGGCCUAUUGGCUACCCUUACCCUCGGCCUAUUGGCUACCCUUACCCACGGCCUAUUGGCUACCCUUACCCACGGCCUAUUGGCUACCCUUACCCUCGGCCUAUUGGCUACCCUUACCCACGGCCUAUUGGCUACCCUUACCCACGGCCUAUUGGCUACCCUUACCCACGGCCUAUUGGCUACCCUUACCCUCGGCCUAUGGGCUACCCUUACCCUCGGCCUAUUGGCUACCCUUACCCACGGCCUAUUGGCUACCCUUACCCUCGGCCUAUGGGCUACCUUUACCCUCGGCCUAUUGGCUACCCUUACCCUCGGCCUAUUGGCUACCCUUACCCACGGCCUAUUGGCUACCCUUACCCACGGCCUAUUGGCUACCCUUACCCUCGGCCUAUUGGCUACCCUUACCCUCGGCCUAUUGGCUACCCUUACCCACGGCCUAUGGGCUACCCUUACCCUCGGCCUAUUGGCUACCUUUACCCUCGGCCUAUGGGCUACCCUUACCCUCGGCCUAUUGGCUACCUUUACCCUCGGCCUAUAGGCUACCCUUACCCUCGGCCUAUGGGCUACCCUUACCCUCGGCCUAUGGGCUACCUUUACCCUCAGCCUAUGGGCUACCUUUACCCUUGGCCUAUGGGCUACCCUUACCCUUACCCUCGGCCUAUAGGCUAUGGGCUAUACCCAGCUAAGGCUGCCACUGCCCUGGCCUGA